AUGAGUUCCCAUGCGGCCCUUUUCCUCUGCCUAUGUCUCGUGACUUCUCAGAGUAGGGCAGAAGAGAGAGAGCAAGAAGCCUUGAACUGGAUGAAGACAAUGGAGACGUCCAUGGAAUUGAUCAUGCUCACUGAUACUCCUGAGUCACCUUACAGGCUUGUCCGUGGUCUGGAGCAGAGACUGCUGGAUGUCAGCUUGAAGGACCACAGUUUGAGCUUGCAGACAGACACCAUUCAGGCGCUGGCAUUCAAGCUGGGCUGCAACUUUACUGGCCUCUCACUGAACAGUGAGAGCCAGGUCAGAGAUGGCCAGGCCUGGGCCAGGCCCCCGCACGCCAUGCAGUUCCCGAAGGAGCUGACCCAGAACGCCUGCAAGUCUCGCCGCCCCAGGGAGCUGCGCCUCAUCUGCAUCUAUUUCUUCACCAACCGCUUCUUCCACUUCUUCCGGGAUGACAACAAAUCAUUUCUGCUCCAUAAUUAUGUCUUUGGGGCCCAGCUGAACAACGAAUCCGUGAACAACCUCAGGGAGCCAAUCAACAUCAGCUUCUGGCACAACCAAAGUCUGGAAGGCUACACGAUGACCUGUGUCUUCUGGAAGGAGGGAGCCAGCAAGCACUACUGGGGUGUCUGGAGCCCUGAGGGCUGUCGCACGGAGAAGCCCUCAAAUUCCCAGGUGAUCUGCCGCUGCAACCACCUCAGCUACUUUGCUGUUCUCAUGCAACUGUCCACAGCCCCGCUCCCUGCAGAGCUGCUGGAGCCUCUCACGUACAUCUCCUUCGUGGGCUGCACUAUCUCCAUCAUUGCUUCCCUGCUCACUAUUCUGCUGUACUUAUACACCAGGAAGAAGGGUGACUCCCUAACAUGCAUCCACAUGAACCUGCAAGCCUCCGUGCUGCUCCUGAAUGUCGCCUUCCUGCUGAGCCCCACAAUGGCCGUGCCUUCGGUGCCCGGGGCCGCAUGCAUAGGCCUGGCCGCCAUCCUGCACUACGCGCUGCUUAGCUGCCUCACCUGGACGGCCAUCGAGGGCUUCAACCUCUACCUUCUCCUGGUGCGUGUCUACAACAUCUACAUCCGAAGAUACGUGCUCAAGCUCUGCGCCGUGGGCUGGGGGGUCCCAGCCUUCCUGGUCCUGCUCCUCCUGGCCGUGAAGAAGUCAGUUUACGGGCGUCACACGAUCCAGCUCUCUGGCAGCCUGGGGAACAGCACGGGCUCCCUGAACGUGUCCAUGUGCUGGGUGCAGAGCCCUGUGGUACACAGGGCCCUGGUCUUAGGCUAUGGUGGCCUCACGUCCCUUUUCAACCUGGUGGUGCUGGCCUGGGCACUGCGGGUCCUGCACACACUGAAGGCUCGAUCGAAGGCACCAGGCACCCGAGCCUGCAGGGACACUGUCACCGUGCUGGGCCUCACCAUGCUACUGGGCACCACCUGGACCUUGGCCUUCUUCUCCUUCAGCAUCUUCCGGCUGCCUCAGCACUUCCUCUUCACCAUCUUCAACUCACUCUACGGUUUCUUCCUCUUCCUGUGGUUCUGCUUCCAGAGGUGUUACUCCAGAGAGGAGGCGGAGGCAGGGGCAGAGGCGGAGAUGGAGGGGUUCAGCUCCUCCAAGAUGACACAGUAG